AUGGAGAUUUCUCUCACAUCAGUUCUGGCUGUCGUUCUCUUCCUAGCUGGUCAGUCAGCUGGCAACUCUGAGCACCAUCACCAUGAAUCUCGUGCUGCUCCGGCGGAAGUCGAUGCGCCGGCCGGUACCUUCAAGGGACGAGUAUUUGGCUCCAUCGAUACGUUCUCUGGCAUCCCCUAUGCGAGACCGCCCACCGGACCGCUCCGCUUAAGGCCGCCUCAAAGACUCAAUUCCUCUUUAGGCAACUUUGACGCGACAGGAACCGCAGCCGCAUGCCCUCAAUUUCUCUUGUCCACCGACAGCCGGAACAUUCUUCUUGAUGUUGUUGGCUCGUUUCUUACGCUCCCAUUCUUUCAGCCUAUCACCGGCCAGGAAGACUGUUUGACGGUGACUGUCCAGCGUCCUUCUGGCACAUCGUCCGAUGCGAUGCUUCCAGUCUUGUUUUGGAUAUUUGGGGGUGGCUUCGAGUUCGGGUCGACAGCUACAUACAGCGGGGCAAGCUUUGUCCGUGACGGGGCCGAUAUGGACCGUCCUUUCAUCUUUGUUGCUGUGAAUUAUCGACUGGGAGGUUUCGGGUUCUUGCCUGGUCGUGAAAUCCUGAAGGAUGGCUCAGCCAACUUGGGACUACUAGACCAACGUCAGGCUUUGGAAUGGGUUGCCGAUAACAUCGCUGCCUUCGGAGGUGAUCCUGACAAGGUGACGAUUUGGGGGGAAUCAGCCGGUGCGAUAUCUGUUUUCGACCAGAUGGCGCUGUAUGACGGUGACAACUCCUAUCAGGGUCGACGACUGUUUCGAGGGGCCAUCAUGAACUCUGGCAGUGUUAUCCCAGCUGACCCAGUUGACUGCCCCAAAGGCCAGAGAGUCUACGAUGCUGUUGUUAAGGCAGCCGGUUGUCAAGGGUCAGCGAGUACCUUGGAUUGCCUGCGCAGUGUCGAUUACGAGACUUACAAGCGUGCCGCAACGGCGGUGCCCGGCAUCCUUUCAUACGAAGCUCUUGCUCUGUCAUAUGUUCCUAGACCAGAUGGCACAGCACUGAUAGACAGCCCCGAUAUUAUCGCAAAAGAAGGACGAUACGCUGCAGUGCCUAUGAUCAUCGGCAACCAAGAAGACGAGGGUACACUGUUCGCACUGUUCCAGCCUCUGGUGAUGACAGCGUCGCAACUCGUCAACUACCUCUCAGAGCUCUACUUUCACAACGCUUCGAUAGCCCAGUUGACCACCCUCGUCAAUACAUAUGACCACCACAUCUCUGCAGGGAGUCCCUUUCGUACAGGGAUCUUCAACGAGAUCGUUCCUGGCUUCAAGCGUAGGGCUGCCAUUCUUGGGGAUCUCGUCUUCACACUAGCACGCCGCUCGUUUCUAUCUGUUGCUCAAGCAAAGCACCCAGAAGUCCCAGCUUGGUCGUAUUUGAGCAGCUACAACCACGGAACUCCCGUACUUGGUACGUUUCACGCUUCCGACAUACCGCAAGUCGUUCUAGGAAUCUUUCCUACCCUUGCACGACAAAGCACCCGGACUUACUAUCUCAACUUCCUUUACAACUUGGAUCCUAACGUCGGAUUGGGCGGUUAUGCGCAAUGGCCGGAAUGGAGUCAGAAUCAGCAACUACUCUGGUUUCUGAGCGGUCGAACAGACUACCUCAAAGAUGACUUUCGAAACGAAAGUUACAGGUUUAUAUACAGCAGCAUGCAGUCCCUCAAUUUCAGGGAUGAUUCGGAUUUGCUGCCGCGGUGGUCGCUUUGA